GUGAGGACGUGUUCGGAGGAAGCCGCAGGCCGGCUAGGCCGGCAUCAUGGAGCCACUAUACCAACAAACGCACAAGCAGGUCCACGAGAUCCAGUCUCACAUGGGACGCCUGGAGACGGCAGACAAGCAGUCUGUGCACUUAGUGGAAAAUGAAAUCCAAGCAAGCAUAGACCAGAUAUUCAGCCACCUGGAGCGUCUGGAGAUUCUGUCAAGCAAGGAGCCCCCCAAUAGAAGGCAGAACGCCAAACUUCGUGUCGACCAGCUAAAGUACGACGUCCAGCACUUGCAGACUGCCCUCAGGAACUUUCAGCACCGGCGCCAAGCCAAGGAGCAGCAGGAGAGACAGCGAGAUGAGCUUCUGUCUCGCACCUUCACCACUAACGGGACUCAGAAAAAGAUCCUCGACAUUGCCAACAUGCUCGGCUUGUCCAACACCGUGAUGAGGCUGAUUGAGAAGCGGGCCUUCCAGGACAAGUACUUCAUGAUCGGUGGGAUGCUGCUCACUUGUGCAGUUAUGUUUCUCGUGGUGCAGUACCUGACAUGAGCCAGCUGUACCCAGCACUGGACAGCCUUCCCAUUGUGUGCGCAUGUGCAAGCAAGAAGUGGGCUGGGAGGCCCUUUUGAAAUGUAUGCCUUAACUGUGAAGACACCUCUCCCUCCAGGACUAAUCGUGGCUUAGUAUCAAACCUGCUUUGUUUUCUGUGACAUCUGGGGAGUAGGACCUAGGGUCACCAAGAUGUGUGGUACUUAGGAGGUGGUUCAAGACCCUGUUCUCUGGCUUUCACGGGGGUGGGGUGGGGUGGGGAGGGAUGGCUAGGUUUUGUGGUUUGUCCACACAGCUGAUGCAGAGGAAAGUGUGCAUUAUGAGGCCUGCACACAGGACUGUCCACUCUGUUCACUUCUGGUCAUCACCAGCUUUUGUGGCUCCUGAGAGGUGGGCUGGAGCACAGUGAGAUGAGGAAAGAGGUCUUUCCUUACACCAUCUGGGAUGGAUCAGUUCUCACAUCCUUGCUUCUAGCCACUACUCGGCCCCAGCCCCUAAGAAAACAGGACAUGUAGGUGACUAACCACGAACACCAGCACCCUUUCCUGGAAGCAGCUACUCCAGGGAAGCAGAGACAUCAGUGCUGCUGCUGAUAAUGUAAGCGUUUCCGUGCCACGGUUGCUGGGUGUUUGUCCUUCCUGAAGUGAGGCUAGCAGUGUUCCCAGGGAGUGUUUAGUCUGGACCCUGAAGUCCUGAGUCACCAGGACUUGAUACAGCAAUUGGCUCUUGCAGUUCGGAGACAGUGGCUCAGCACCUCCACCCAGGCUCUGAUCUUGGGCCUUUAAAAGGAGCCAUGAGCAAAGGGUGACUUGUCAGUUACAGAUUCAUCUAAUUCUGCCAUCUCAGAUCCUUUGACUAUCUCUCCCUUGAAAUACAUUAGCAAUAUAUCAAUCAGCUAAGCCUCCAUUUUCCCCAGCCCUCGUAGGCCACCCUGGAGGUGUCCCUGGUAAGAAUGUUUUUGUGAGACUGUUUCAGGGACCAGGUCAUUCUCACUUGUCCCAGACGUGAUUAAGGCUAUGUCAGUACCUGGUGUAUUGCAGAAUUUGUUUGAAAGUUAAUGUAUCUCAAGCACACCUAUUGUGAUUAAUCUUCGCAAGUACUAGAACGGUCCAGUGAGUUUAUUUGUUCAUCAGUAACGAGCCCUGCCCACCCAAACAGUUCUAAAUUUAGUAGCCUCCUGGUGGGAAAAACAGAUGCCAGGAUUCCUAAGAACUGGAAACUGGUCAGUAUUAAUCCUUCCUCUGAUUGCCCCACCUACUUCCUGUGUUUGCUUAAGUCCUGUGCUUUUCCCUCCUCACAGUGCACUAUGUCUCACCCUCCUACUGAGUUGCAGUACUCCUCUCUCCCAUACGUCUGUGGCAUCCUGUCCACAUCUGUGGCAUCCUUUUGGGAACUGUCUCAAUUGAACACAUUUUAAACCUGAGUUUCCUGGGUACUAGCUUCAUUUCUGGUCAGACACAAUGUGUCGCUCCUUCCCUUUUGGCUAAAUGGGCCAUAGCUGGCCAGAAAGGCGGAAUGUGACCCCUUUAGUAAGAACUGAUAGUCAUGCAGAGUGGAAACAGUGGCCCUAGAAGAGACAGGAGCCUACAGCAUCUCCACCAGAUCACUUUGGGGGUGCAGAUGGGCAUAGGCUCCUUGCUGGCCAUGGAGUUCAUACUGCACAGACCUGACUGCUGUGCCCCCUGGCACCUGGUGACCCCACCAGGCAGCAUGCUUUGGACGAUGUACAAGCCGUAACGGAGCCAUUGGAACUCGAAAUGUGGGCAGCAAAGGCCCCAGCCCCUGCCCUUCAUUGACUGUGGGGCAGUGUUUUGUAGUACAUAAUGGUGUAUUGCCUUUGUAGCAAUCCUUGGCUUCAGUGAACUUGAUGUCCCACCCUCACAGCCAGGUCUCCCUUUGGAAUGAAGUUGUGGUGAGGUGGUCAGCAUUCCAGCCUGGGGGCAGGGAGCGGAAGUGGAGGAUCUGGACUCCAAGGGGCAUUGAGCUGGUUGCCUAGGUUGCUCUCCCUCGAAUUUCCAUUCAGUGCCUUGUGAGAUCACUCUGAUCUGAUUGGGUACAACUGUCCUUACAUCUCCAGAGGGAAGGGCACCUAGCCUGAUUGGAGUGCCCUCUAGUGGAGAGGGCUGUGUACUUACUUGGAGCUUGUCAGAAACUGCAGCCUAGCAGGUAGAUAAGUGAAAGGGUUUGAAGCAGGUAGGGUGCCAGAAGGACUCCAAGUAGAUAGAUGUAUAUUUCAUGUACGGCCACUUGAAGGAAUGCUAAAUCUAAGGACCAAGUAAACAGUAGGUGUUACAGGUUUCGUUUCAGGCUUUUUCUCAAAAGCCAGCUUGCCCUGUUGAGUUUAAAUAGCUUUGAUUGGCAAUAUUUUCACCCCUUGCUUUCAGAACAUGUCAGCUGAAUAAAGUUGAGGUUUAUUUAGAAAACCUUAAA